GACACCCUUGAAUUAUCGAAAGACCCAACAUCAAAGAAACCCAAAAUCAAAAGAGACCCACCUCACAUCGGUACGUGAGAUUGGAUAGGCCAGUCAAAUAGAGCUAGCAAAAACUAAAACUUAAACCCUCUUGGUAUUGGGUUUGCUAAGGUCUAAAGGUGACAGAGAAAACAGAGAGAGAGAGAGAGAGAGAGAGAGAGAGAGAGAGCUAGAAAUGCUGUCAGCAAGAUGCGUUUGGUGGUGGGCUGUUACGAGUUUAGGAGGCCACAAGCUCCUGGUUUCCUCUAUGAGAAAAUUUCCCUACACAAGUAGUAGCCCCCGCUCUCUCUCCUCUCUUCGCUGCUGCUUCCAACCCAUUCAGCACACCACUUUCCAGGCCUUGGCGGCUGCUUCCACUUCUCAAGCAGCUAGUGAUGCUUUCUCAUCCACUGCCGUCCCUGAAGUUCCCGCUAUCUCGGGAUUGGCGGAUGUUAUGUUGAGCUAUAUCUUCGGCAACAAGAAGGCCACAGAAGUUGCUCACUUGAUUUGGGAACGUAUUGUAAGAAAAGGAGAUACGGUCAUUGAUGCCACCUGUGGCAAUGGUUAUGAUACCUUAGCAUUGCUCAGAAUGGUUGCUGAUGAAUCGGGGCUGGGUCGAGUUUAUGGGUUUGAUGUUCAGAAAGUUGCUUUGGAGAAUGCUUCUUCGUUGCUGGAAGUGUCAGUCAAUCCAAAUGAGAAGGAACUUGUAAAGCUCUUCCAUAGAUGCCACAGUGAAAUGGCUGAAGUUCUUCCAGAGGAUACCUCUGUGAGGCUUAUUGCUUUCAACCUAGGCUAUCUUCCUGGUGGUGACAAAUCAGUAGUAACAGAGUCUCAAACAACAGCAGAAGCAUUAACUGUUGCAAAGGAAAUCUUAAUGCCAGGAGGACUUAUCAGCUUAGUGGUUUAUGUGGGGCAUCCUGGUGGAAGGGAAGAGUUGGAGACUGUGGAAGAGUUUUGUUGGAAAUUACCAGUUGAGAAUUGGACCUGUUGCAAAAUCCAGAUGUUAAACAGACAAUUGGCUCCAAUACUUGUUUUCUUGUUCAAGAAAUGUUGAAUUGACAUAUUGGAUGA